UUCAGAAGGUGCCCAAAGAUCGCGGGACAUAUUUUUUAACUACAAGAAGAUAAGUCAUGGAAAAUAAUGGCGAGCGAUAGUAUACAACUACUACAAUAUAACAAUUUAGGUGUAGAAGGGUAGAUAUACAAUGAAUGGCAAAUUACUGUUGGUCUGUUUUGGACAUGCCAGUACAAAAAUCUACUACUACUAGUUAUUGAAGUAAUACUAGUCUGCAUCCUGACUGCUGCGCACUUGAACAAGCUCCUUUGACUCACCCCUCCUUGCAAGCCUGCAUUUGUGUGAUGUUUCCAUGAGUGGUGUGCAACAACAGACAUACAAUAAAACGUGAUCUGAAUAUUCUCCUUGAUGCAAUAUGGCAUUUUAAACUUCUGUGCCAACAACUAUCUUGGACUAUCCAGUCAUCCGGAAGUGGUGCAAGCAGGGAUUGACGCGCUGAAAUUGUAUGGCGCUGGAUUGAGCUCAGUCAGAUUUAUCUGCGGUACUCAGGAUUUGCACAGAAACCUGGAGCAGAAGUUGGCAGAGUUUCACGAGAGGGAGGACUGCAUCCUCUAUGCCAGUUGUUUUGAUGCCAACGCUGGACUAUUUGAGGUUCUGCUGGGCCCGGAUGAUGCUGUGUUGUCGGAUGAACUUAACCACGCCUCCAUUAUUGAUGGCAUCCGUCUGUGCCGGGCAAAAAGAUUGCGCUACAAACACAUGGACCUCGGUGAUUUGGAGCGCAAACUGGAGGAGUCUCAGUCAUGUCGUAUGCGGCUGGUGGUGACGGAUGGGGUCUUCUCAAUGGAUGGAGAUGUGGCUCCGUUAACCGGAAUCUGUGACCUGGCUGAGCAAUACGGGGCGAUGGUGUUCAUCGAUGAAUGCCACGCCACGGGUUUCCUUGGGCCGCGUGGCAGAGGAACCGAUGAGCUGCUGGGAGAAAUGGGCCGAGUUCAUAUUGUAAACUCCACUCUGGGAAAAGCACUGGGAGGUGCAGCUGGCGGCUACACGGUGGGACCAAAGCCCCUCAUUGACCUCCUGAGGCAGCGGUCUCGGCCGUACCUCUUCUCCAACUCCCUUCCUCCACCCGUGGUGGGCUGCGCCACGCGGGCUGUCGAGCUGCUCCUCGCCUCCAGUGAGAUUGCGCAGAGCAUGUCAGCAAAAACCAUGAGGUUCCGAAACAAGAUGACACAGGCCGGCUUCACCAUCUCGGGUUCCGCUCACCCGAUCUGUCCGGUGAUGCUGGGCGAUGCACGGCUUGCCUCUCUCAUGGCAGAUGACAUGUUGAAGCUCGGAGUGUACGUGAUUGGAUUUUCCUUCCCCGUCGUCCCGAAAGGCAAAGCCAGAAUCCGCGUUCAGAUCUCAGCCGCGCACACAGAUGAAGACAUUGACCACUGUGUCGACGCCUUCAUUCAGACGGGCAGAAAGCAUGGAGUUAUUUCCUGAAAGAAAUGACUACCGGUACUUGGAGAACCAACCCAAACAGGUGCUCCUUCGGAUAUGGCCUAUGCGAAUAAUGGCGAUGAUUUCUCUCUGGCAACUUUGUGUCCUGUUCAGGCUGGGGUUAGCUGCCUGAGAGUGAAAUAAAGUGAAAAAACGCUUCACGCUUGCCAUUGAA